AUGUCCGUCAGACCUACCGAUCCUUGGAACACCUGUCUUAACACUACUCUUGAACAAGAGGAUAAGGAAAUCUACGAUAUCGUUGAGAACGAGAAGCUCAGACAAUGGUCUGGUUUGGAACUUAUUGCUUCUGAGAACUUCACUUCUCAAGCUGUCAUUGAAGCUAACGGUACUGCUUUGACCAACAAAUACUCUGAAGGUCUUCCCGGUGCUCGUUACUAUGGUGGUAAUGAGUUCAUUGAUGAGCUUGAACUUCUCUGUCAAAAGCGUGCUUUAGCUGCUUUCGGUUUGAACCCUGAGCAAUGGGGUGUCAAUGUUCAACCCUACUCUGGCUCCACUGCCAACUUUGCCGCCUUGACCGCCUUGAUCCAACCUCAAGAUCGUCUCAUGGGUCUUGAUCUUCCCUCUGGUGGUCAUUUGACUCACGGUUAUCAAACCGCCAAGAAGAAGAUCUCUGCUUCUUCCAUCUACUUUGCUUCCAUGCCCUAUCAAGUUGAUCCCGCCACUGGCUUGAUUGACUACAAGCGUCUCGAGGAGAAUGCUGCUCUCUUCCGUCCCCAAUUGUUGAUCUGUGGUGCUUCUGCUUACCCUGCUGAAUGGGAAUACGAUACCAUGCGUAAGGUUGCUGAUCAACACGGUGCUUACCUCAUGUGUGAUAUGGCUCACAUCUCUGGUUUGAUUGCCGGUAAGGAAGCCUUGUCUCCUUUCGACUUCUGUGAUAUCGUUACCACCACCACCCACAAAACUCUCCGUGGUCCUCGUGCUGGUUUGAUCUUCUUCCGUCGUGACAAGGGUGACAAGCUCGAAGCUCGUGUCAACCAAGCUGUCUUCCCCUCUUGUCAAGGUGGUCCCCACAACAACACUAUUGCUGCUGUUGCUGUCGCCUUGAAGCAAGCUGCUUCUCCUGAAUUCAAGCAAUAUGCCAAGCAAGUUCGUGCUAACGCCUUGAAGCUCGCUGAAGCCCUUACUGGUUACGGUUACAAGUUGGCAACUGGUACCACUGUCAACCAUUUGGUUCUCUGGGAUUUGAAGCCUCAAAAGUUGACUGGUUCCAAGGUUGAACGUAUCUGUGAUAUGGUUCACAUUACUAUCAACAAGAACUCCAUUGCUGGUGAUAAGUCUGCUGUCACUCCCGGUGGUGUUCGUCUUGGUGCCUCUGCCUUGACCUCUCGCUCAUUGAAGGAAGAUGACUUUGUUAAGGUUGCUGAAUUCCUCCAUAGAACUGUUCAAAUUGCUUUGGACGUUCAAGAAAAGUCUGGCUCAAAGUUGAUGAAGGACUUUGUUGCUGCUCUUGAAGGUAAUGAGGAAAUUGCUCAAUUGAAGAAGGAGGUCAUCGAGUUCGCCCGCAGCUUCCCCAUGCCCGGUUUUGAUGCUUCCAAGAUCAAUGCCACUGUUACCAUCUAA